GGCUCCGAGCUGACCCUCCGGAGGGCAGUGUCAUCUGGGCGGCGCUGCCAAGACCUCCACCCAGGACGGCUCCCCCUCCCCGGGCCUCUCCCCUCUUGACCGCGAGACCCCUCAUCUCGUAGACCGCUGGAAUCUGAUAUCGUGGGGGUGAGGUGAGAGCAGGCCCGGGGAGGGAGGUUACCACUGAGGAGCUGCAGCCGCUAUCAAGAUGAUAGAAGUACUGACAACAACUGACUCUCAGAAACUGCUACACCAGCUGAACACUUUGUUGGAACAGGAGUCUAGAUGUCAGCCAAAGGUCUGCGGCUUUAGACUAAUUGAGUCUGCACACGAUAAUGGCCUCAGAAUGACUGCACGGCUGAGGGACUUCGAAGUGAAAGAUCUUCUUAGUCUCACUCAAUUUUUUGGCUUUGACACGGAGACAUUUUCUCUAGCUGUGAAUUUACUGGACAGAUUUCUGUCUAAAAUGAAGGUACAGCCCAAGAACCUUGGAUCUGUUGGUCUGAGCUGUUUUUAUUUGGCUGUAAAAUCAAUAGAAGAGGAAAGGAAUGUGCCACUGGCAACUGACUUGAUCCGGAUAAGUCAGUAUAUGUUCACGGUUUCAGACUUGAUGAGAAUGGAAAAGAUUGUAUUGGAGAAGGUGUGUUGGAAAGUCAAAGCUACUACUGCCUUUCAGUUUCUGCAACUCUAUUAUUCACUCAUUCAAGAGAACUUGCCAUUUGAAAGGAGAAAUAACCUUAAUUUUGAAAGACUGGAAGCUCAACUUAAGGCAUGUCACUGCAGGAUCAUAUUUUCUAAAGCAAAGCCUUCUGUGUUGGCUUUCUCUAUCAUUGCCUUGGAGAUCCAAGCACAGCAGUGUGUGGAGUUAACAGAAGGAAUAGAAUGUCUUCAGAAACAUUCCAAGAUAAAUGGCAGAGAUUUGACCUUCUGGCAAGAGCUUGUAUCAAAGUGUUUAACUGAGUAUUCAUCAAACAAGUGUUCAAAACCGAAUGUUCAGAAGUUGAAAUGGAUUGUGUCUGGGCGUACUGCUCGGCAAUUGAAGCAUAGUUACUACAGAAUAGCUCACCUUCCAACAAUUCCUGAAAUGGUUCCUUAAUUCAUGAAUUUGGAUCAUUGUUAUUCUCCAUAAAGGAAAUUAUCAGUGCUAUAAUUUUCUUUUACAAUGGAAGAAUUAAAAUAUCAUUUCUUUUCAAAGUAAACAAAAUGGAGUUGCAAUAGCAAAGGGGAAGUUUCUACACUGAUUUGUUCAGCUAAUAUUUGAAGACAUUUAGUAUAUACAGAACCCUAAGGGUAAGGAAUUAUCUAACCUCUGAUAUGUAUGUUAGGCAUUUCAUUAAUCAGCAUAAAAAAAGUAUGUCCUCAACAACCCAAGUUUUAAAAGUAGCAUUAAAAUCAUAUUUUCUUAUUGAACAUCAUCUUGCUCUCUGAAGACCUAAGCUCUGGCUCAUUUAAAGAUACACUAGCUGAGUAGGACAAUAGGACCAAACUUUUGGAUAUUUGGACUAAUUUGAGAAUGUUAGCUUAUAAGCAAAAUCAGUAUGAACUUUGAUAGUGUAUUUAAAGAAAAAGAAGAUACAGCCAAUCAGUCUUGAUGUUGGGUGUCUGGAAACUGCAAGGGCGUCUCAACACUGUAGUUACUAUAAUAUUUGGAAUUCUGGGAAAGUAGUUACAUGCAUAAAAGAUAAACUUGGGGUCACUGGAUAUAUAUUCUUGCCAUUUAAAUUUCUUAACUAGUAAUAAUGAUUUACCUUUUUCCAUUCAAAAUUAAAUUAACAUUUAACAUAUCUAUGAUUAUGAAAUUUAACCUGAACAGUUAGUUCACUUUUAAUAGUAAUAUUUCACAGAUGUCUGAUAAGUUGGUUUUUUUUUGUUGUUGUUGAUUUAAGGAGGAUUAUUACAGCAACAACAAUGAAAACUCUGAACCCUACAGCCCUGAGCUAUGGAUUCCAUGAUGUUUUCAUGAGUUUAGAUUUCAAGCCUUAAAACUUUACAACUAGAUGAAUAUGAUGUUCUCAUGCUUGGGGAAACUGCCUAAUUAGUAUUAUGCUAUAGUGGAAUUAUGUUUAGAUAUAAAUUCAUCUAUGAAGCAGUCAAAUCAAAGUUAAAAGCAUAAAUAUGAAGCACUAAUCACAAGCUUUGGAAAGUAAACUGUGAAUCUUCAUUUCUUAACAUUGAUUUAACUUUCUAUAUUUGAUUGAUAUACUUAGGUAGUAUUGAAAAUGCUAACCUACAUAAUUUAAAUGUUUUAAAUUAUGAGGUUUUCAUCAAAAUAACAUUUCACAGAUGCACUUUUAAGAUACAACAAAGGUUAGUGUUUUAGGCAGUUUAAAUGGUUUUCUGUUGCCCAAAAUGCGAAUAAUGUAAUCCUGAGAA